UAUUGUCCCCCCCGGAAGCGCCGCCCACCGAAACGAGCGGCGCCGUUAGCUGGAUCGCGUGCUUGAGCGUUGGGGAUGUGGGGCGAAUAACGUGACGGGGGCGAACGAGCCGUGAAGACACGCCCCCUGUGCACGUGAGCGCGCGCUGACUCAGGGCUCCGUCCGCUGUCACCUGCUCCGCGCCAUGUGUCUUGUGUCGUGUGCCGUGUGUGCGACUCGAGCUGCGUGAGCGACCCGACCGACCGACCGACCGACCGACGCGUCUCUGCUUCGCUACGAUCUCUGAGCAUCUUGGGCUCUGAAGAGCAGCAAUGAGAAGCAAGACCAAACCAGGAAGCCACAGCAGGUUCUCUGCUGAUGCGGUCAAACAGAAAAACAUGCAGCAGGAGAACUUCGCUCUGGAAUCUGAGAGGGAUUCCGGAUACUCAGACGCUGGCUCGGAGUACCUGAGCAUCACGGACCAGGCCGACGCGACCGAGCAAGACCGAGGCUCGAGACCGCACAUCCCCCAGAAGGCCCCGGCGGGGGCUGCCUAUCCGAGUCUUUCCUCCAUGAUCCUCAUGAAUAAUGUUCUCCUCAAACCGCCCAGUGAAGACAGCAUUCCAGUGAAGUCUUCAAGUUUCUGCCCCGGGGUCGAAAUGUUUCAGCACCCCCAGAUGGUCGUCCUGCAGCCGCUAGCUUCGAAAGAUGGCGGCGGCGGCAGCAGCAUUGCACAGAGGGGCAAAGUCUCGAAGCAGCGCCUGCACAAUAAGUAUCUGCCCAUCCUUAAAUCUUACCCUAGAAUUGCUCCUCACCCGGGUAGGAGCUUGCCGAGCUUCUCCGAGUUCAACGGCUUGGUGCCCGGCCAUCGGCCCCCCCACCAAAGAGCGAUGCACCAACCCUGCAGAGCCAGAGUCUCCGCAACUAACUUGCCCAGUCCCCCGUCCGUCUCCCCGUCUUGCUGCUCUCCGCAGACGAGCUGCGCGGGGAGCCUUUCCGCAAACGCUCAGGUGGAGCAGCCGGUAGACGGCAUGGAGCCCGCCGUUCCCGUCCCCGCAUCCGGCGCCCCCGCGGCCGGCCGUACGGAGCCCGGCGCCCUUUCCGCCCGCCCUUAUUCCGCGUCGCGAGAGGCCGACUGCCCCGGUAGCCCCUCCGAGUGCCGCACCAAACGGAAGCGCUUCCGCAACACCUACAACAUCCUCAGUAUGUCGGGCCUACUGGACAUCACCCUGCGCACCAAGGAGCUGAUCCGGCAGAACCGGCGCACCCAGGGAGACCUGGAACAGCUGCGCAGACACGCCAGCCUCCUGGUCGAGGCAGCCGGGAGCAGCGACCCCCAGGUGUGGGCCCGGCUGCAGCUGAUCAUCCUGGAGACGAGCGCCGGUGGAUUUCUGGAGAAGGAGGAAGUACUUUGUAAUAGCGUGGGAUGACCGCGAGAGGCGUGCGGGCGGGAAGACGGACGAAAGGAGGCGAUGUGCGACCCGUACCCCGGUCCCAUUCCGUCUAGCGAUGUUGGGAAACGCUGCGCGAUACGGCCGACCGCGGGACAAAUACGCUGGCACCAUAUUGUUGUCGGGCGACAACUGUGGUGUCCGGCGGACAAAACUGUAAAACGGGCACGGAAAUUUUCACACGAGACUUCGGCAAAGGAUUACACCCACCUACAGAGGCCAGUGUUUGAGCAAAAAAAGAUUAUGUGCCUCCGUUUUGUUCCAAGCUGCUUGAUGUUAGAAGCUGGCAUUUUUUUUAAUUUUUUUUUUUUUUUAAAAAUUUCUUUCUAAUGAGGGUGUGCUGAAGAUUGUCAUAGGACUAGCAGUGAAAAUCACAUUGAGCUGUUGCGCAAUUCGCUGCCCUGCCGUAAGCUGGCUGCUCUCAGAUCGGCGGCGAAGCCGCCCCCGUGUUCACUUCCUUUAUUUCCGCGCAUUGUUUGCAUAUCUUUAUCUGCGGCGGAAAGACGUGUUUAUGUUUCAUACGUACGCUUUGCUCUGGGUAAAUCCAGCGUGCAGCAUGAAAGGCUUGUUCAAAGUUUCCAGCAUCUCCUCUCCAGCAGCUGGUACGUGAUACAGACUUCAUCUCGCUGACCUCUGCGAUAUCCUUAUGUGCGUCCAUGUGUGGCCGUGCAUUACUGUACGUGUGUGGAUUUAAUACCCUAUUAAUUCUAUUGGCAAUAUUAAUAACGUCAUACCAAGUCGACUCUUGUACAUUCUCUGAAGUGGUAACUUAAGGCCUCCAUAGAUCAAGCCGUUGGGGAUUAAGAUGCACGACACGUAACUCGCAGCGUGAAGUAGCUGAACUGCAAAUCUGAGGUGAUGUGUUUUAUAUAUAUAUACACACACACACACACACACACACACACAC